UACGGUGCAAACCUAACACACACACACACAAGCACCUUUGCUUCCUCUAGCUCUAGCUUCUCUUGCUCUCUUCUCCUCCCUUGCCCUAGUUUCCUUGCUUCAUAUAUCCAUCUCUCUAUACUAGCUUCUUGUCACAAACACGGAAAUUGAUGAGCAAUAUGGUUGGCACAAUGGAUGAAGGGAGGAUCAUUGAAUAUUUCAAGAACAAGACCGUCCUCAUCACUGGAUCAACAGGCUUUCUUGGAAAGAUAUUGGUGGAGAAGAUAUUGAGGGUUCAGCCUGAUGUCAGGAAGAUCUAUCUCCCGGUGAGAGCGGUAGACUCAGCGACUGCAAAGCAACGGAUGCAGACCGAGGUGAUAGGGAAGGAGCUGUUUGGGCUUCUGAAGGAGCAGCACGGCAAGGGGUUUGAGUCUUUCAUCGAUGCCAAGGUUGUUCCACUGGCUGCAGACAUGAUGCAUCACAACCUGGGCCUCGAGGACUCCACCCUGCGAGAGAUCACCCAGGACCUCAACAUCAUCGUCAAUGGAGCUGCCACUACCAACUUCUACGAAAGGUACGACGUGUCUCUGGAUGUGAACGUGAUGGGGGUGAAGUACCUGUGCCAGCUUGCCAAGAAGUGCGCCAAAUUGGAGGUGUUCCUGCAUGUCUCCACAGCUUACGUGUGUGGCGAGAAGCAAGGGGUGGUGAAGGAGAGGGCAUUCAGGGUGGGCGAGACGCUUCGGGAGGGGACGCAGCUGGACAUCGAGGAGGAGGUGCGGCUGGUGGCCGAGCAGAAGCAGCGGCUGGAGGAGGCCGGCGACGUCAAGGCGGAGAGGAAGGCGAUGAAGGAGCUCGGGCUGGAGAGGGCGCGCCACUUCGGCUGGCCCAACACGUACGUCUUCAGCAAGGCCAUGGGGGAGAUGAUGCUGCAGGAGCAGCUGGUGGGCCGCGGGAGCGGCAUCGCCGUGGUGAUCGCGCGCCCCAGCAUCAUCACCAGCGUCCACCGCGACCCGCUGCCCGGGUGGAUCGAGGGCACCCGCACCAUCGACGCCAUCAUCAUCGGCUACGCCAAGCAGAGCCUCUCCUGCUUCCUCGCCGACCUCGACCUCAUCAUGGACGUGGUGCCCGGCGACCUGGUGGUGAACGCGAUGAUGGCGGCGAUGGCGGCGGCGGCGGAGCCGGAGCUGACGGUGUACCACGUGACGUCGUCGGUGCGGAACCCGGCGGCGUACGCGGUGCUGUACCGGACGGGGUUCCGGUACUUCACGGAGAACCCGCGGGUGGGGAAGGACGGGAGGGUGGUGCGGACGAGGGAGAUGCACUUCUUCCGCAGCAUCGCGUCGUUCCGGGCGUUCAUGGCGGUGGCGUACGCGCUGCCGCUGCAGCUGCUCCGGCUGCUGUCCCUCCUCUGCUUCGGCCUGCUCUUCGCCCGGCGCUACGCGGAGCUGUCCCGCAAGUACGCCUUCGUCAUGCACCUCGUCGACCUCUACGGUCCCUUCGCCCUCUUCAAGGCCUGCUUCGACGACCUCAACAUGGACACCCUCCGCUCCUCCUUCUCCAUGGCUUCCUCGUCUCGUCUCUUCCACAUGGACCCCAAGGCCAUCGACUGGGACGACUACUUCUACAGGAUCCACAUCCCCGGCGUCAUCAAGUACGUCCUCAAAAAGUGAUCCCAUUCCCGACGACGACCACCACCACUAUCAUCUUCUUCUUCAUCGCUGUGUCAAUUAAUUAAGCUACUCGACUCGACUGGACUGGACUAUCCAUUACACAAAUCGAAUCAAUUGUUAAUGCAUCGAUCAUGCUUUCUUUUUUAAGUACCGUAUCUCUUUUCGAUUAAUUCUAUAAUUAUUAUUCAGAUUGAGAUUGAGAUUGAGAUUGAGAUUGCUCCCCUUUUCCUUCCUUCCUUGUAUACAUAUACAUACAUAUAUACUAAAAUA